GGUUUCAAUGAUGGAAUAUGGUCAUGUGUUUUUUGUGGAAGAACAUAUGACUCUCUACUUCUCACCUGUUUUCUUACUCACUCUCUUACUCUCUCUAUAUACUUUCAUAUAAAUCCUUCUUUCUUACACAUAAAUUUAUAUCUACAAAGUUUUUUUUUUCUUUCUUUUUUUUGUUGUUGUGAAAUUACGUAAAAACAGCCACACACCCACCACCACCACAUUCGUCUGCAAAUUUCUUGAUCGUCGGAUUCAAAUGGAAGGAUUAGCUAUCAGAGCAUCGCGACCAUCAGUUUUCUGUUCUCUUCCAGGUCUCGACGGCGAUUCUCAGCGAAAACGACCUCCAAGUGACGUUUUCCUCAAGCUUCCGGCGGAGAACCGAAAAAUAGUAGCCAACUCUGCUUCUUUUCAUCCAAUCUCCGCCGUUAACGUCUCUGCUCAAGCUUCCCUCACCGCCGAUUUUCCCGCCCUUUCAGAAACGAAUCUUAAAGAGAGGAGAGUUAACGGAAAAGAGAAGGCAGAGAACAUCGUAUGGCACGAGAGUUCGAUCUGCAGAUGCGACCGACAACAACUUCUUCAACAAAAGGGUUGUGUCAUUUGGAUCACUGGUCUCAGCGGUUCAGGGAAAAGCACUAUUGCUUGUGCACUAAGUAAAGCCUUGUUUGAAAGAGGCAAACUCACUUACACACUCGACGGCGACAAUGUCCGUCACGGCCUUAACCGGGACCUCACUUUCAAAUCUGAGCACCGUACCGAAAACAUAAGACGAAUUGGUGAGGUGGCUAAGUUGUUUGCUGACGUUGGCGUCAUUUGUAUAGCAAGUUUGAUUUCUCCGUAUCGGAGAGACAGAGACGCGUGCCGGUCCUUGUUACCUGAGGGCGAUUUCGUCGAGGUGUUCAUGGACGUUCCUCUUCCUGUAUGCGAGUCAAGAGACCCAAAGGGGUUGUACAAGCUUGCACGUGCCGGAAAAAUCAAAGGCUUCACUGGAAUCGACGACCCUUACGAGGCACCACUGAAUUGCGAGGUAGUACUGAAACACACAGGAGAAGACAGUUCGUGUUCGCCACGUCAGAUGGCUGAGAACAUCAUCUCUUACCUGCAAAACAAAGGUUACCUUGAGGGAUAAGUCAAAAGUCGGAAAAGAAUAUCAAAAUAGAGAACCCAAUUUGUCGAAUAUAAUUAGAGAUAUAUAUGGCCGAAUGAAGCUGAAGGAUUGCUAGCUCUCCCUGCUGGUUCGAUAUAUCAGAAGCUUGAGGCGUGAUACAAUGUCGUACGUCUCGCUUCGUCACACUAUCAUUUGUUCCCCGAAUUGUACCUCGGAAUUAGCCAAACGUCGGAAUAUUUAAUAAGAUAGAUUUUUCUUCUUAUUACCACUAAGAGUUUAAUUAUUUUUUCCCUCUUCUACUUAUCAUUAAGAUUUAAAAGUUUAAUUUGCUCUAAUGAUAUCGACUGUGUUUUAUAAUUAUAAUGUGUA